AAUUUACUAUAAAAUAUGGACACAAAGAUAAAAUAUAAUAUAAAAAAGGAAGAGAUUGACGAUGAUGACAAAGUAUUUCAGGAGAAUGUUAUGCAAAAAAAACAAAUAAAAAAGAGAAAGAGAAAAUCCACAGUGCAAGAAAUUGAGGGUGGUUCAAUAAAACAACUGAAACAAGUUAGCAAUGUUCCUGCUGAUACGAUUACCCUGAAAAAAGAAGAUACUAAUGAAAAUGCAAAGAUUCCAAAAAAGCCAUCGAAAAGGCAGUUGAAAAGAGAAAGAGCUAUCCAAGCAGCUAAUCAAAAAAAGGAAAGUAGUAGAAUAAAUACCAUGCAGAAGGUCUUGAAUUAUAUAUCUAUGUGGAAACAUUCUAGAAGUGAAUGGAAAUUCGAGAAGCUUAAGCAGAUUUGGUUAAUGGAUAAUUUGUUGGAUGAAAACUCCAUUCCUGAUACAAUUUUUCCUCUUGUUCUUGAAUACUUUGAAGCUUGCAAAGGCACAGCACGUAAAGUAUUAGUACAAAAAGGAAUGGAUGUUAUAAAAAAAGCUGAAGAAAAUGAUGAAAUCAAAAACGAUAUUAUAGAGUCAACUGCUUAUAAGCGAGCAAGGCAACUUUUGCAAGUUUUACCAUCUGAUAUAUAGUUUUAAGUCUAAAAAAAUUUUAUUAAUAAAAGAGUGUUAAAAAAACAGUUUAAAUCUAUAUCAAAUCUGGAUAAAAUAUAAU